AUGACUUUUAUUCCCAAGGAGUACAGUAGACAACAGGUGAAGAAGCUACAGACUGAUGCUAAGUACUAUAUUUGGGAGGAGCCAUACCUUUUUAGAAGAUGCUCAGAUGGUAUAAUCCAGAGAUGUGUCCCAGAUGAGAAAACACAGCAGAUUCUUUGGUACUGUCAUGGCUUAGAUUAUGGAGGCCACUUUGGUGGUGAAAGGACAGCUACAAAAGUCCUUCAAAGCGGUUUUUACUGGCCGAAUCUCUUACAGGAUUCAAGAGCAUUUGUGAAGAACUGUGACAGGUAUGAAAAAGCUAAGAAUCUCCCUGCCAACCAUGAGAUUCCACAACAGGGGAUCCUUGAGGUGGAGUUAUUUGAUGUGUGGGUUGAGCUGGAGCAUAAAUCUUACUGGGAAAUCAAGUAUCUGAACCUUGACGCUCAGGCUGUAGGAACUAAGAGGAUGAUUCAGUUGAACGAGCUUGAUAAAUUCAGAUAUUCAGCUCAUGAGAAUGCCAAGUUCUACAAGGAAAGAACUAAGAUAUAG